CCCUAGAAAACAGAGUGGCAUUGUGAAGAACCCUAAACCCCACAAAUGGGGGAAGGCGGAGGGCUGCCCGCGCAUUUGGAGCUCCAGCGCACUCGCGUCAUCUGUGCGUCGGAUGCGCCUUCGUAUACAGAGACUGUCCAGUACUCUGGGGCGUAUUCUUCGAUCAACUAUGACAACAGCCUCCGGCUCGGCGAUUUCCGGCGGAACUUCCAUGUGGAGAUCAAGUCUCUGACGGAGGACGAUCUCGAGUUUGAUAUGAUUGGCAUCGAUGCCGCGCUUGCGAAUGCCUUUCGGAGGAUUUUGAUCGCGGAGGUUCCAACCAUGGCUAUUGAGAAAGUUCUCAUCAAAGAUAACACGUCGGUGAUUCAAGACGAGGUCUUCGCUCAUCGCCUGGGUUUGGUUCCAAUCAAGGCCGAUCCAAGACUUUUCAACGAGAAAACUAACGAAGAUGUAGCGACCGAGAAGAAUACUAUUGUUUUCUCCUUAGAAGUGAAGUGCACGCGACAGGGAGAUCGCAUGAUCAAUGCUUCAGUAAAGUCUGACCAGCUCAAAUGGCUUCCUGGAGGAAGCUUAUAUUCUAUGACUGACGACUCAAACAAAACUUACACAUCGUUUAGCUGCCGGCAGGAUACGAUUCAAAACGAUAUCGCUCCAAGGUACAAGGACAUUUUAUUGGCAAAGCUUAGACCAGGUCAGGCUAUUGAAUUGGAAGCUCACGCCGUCAAAGGAAUCGGAAAAACGCACGCGAAGUGGUCGCCCGUUGCUACAGCCGCGUACAGGAUGCUUCCGGAGGUUGUCUUGCUAGAAGAGAUCGAAGACGAACUUGCGGAAGAGCUGGUCCAGAAAUGUCCCAUGAAAGUGUUUGACAUAGAGGACAUCAUGGGAGGAAAACGAGCCAGAGUAGCGGCACCGAGGAGCUGCACGCUGUGUAGGGAGUGUAUACGAGGAGACGAUUGGGAGAAGCGAGUUCAGCUCAGGCGUGUGAAAGAUCAUUUCAUCUUCACUGUUGAAUCGACUGGAGCUCUUCCACCCGAGGUGCUCUUCACAGAAGCGGUGAAGAUCCUCUCAGCGAAGUGCCAGAGAAUCUAUAAUGAACUCUCGUGAGAGGAAGAGAUUUUUAAUUCACGAGCAUCUCGAGGAAUAUUCCCGUGACGAAAUAGCGGCAUAAAUUUAAAAGCGGCCAACGGGCGGCGCUUACCAGGUUCGGCAGACGAGCCGUACGUUCUA